CACUUACAUGUGACAAAAUCUGCCAAUCUUGGUACCCUGUCUUUCCUCCGCCACUACCCAAUUCCUAGUCACCACUCCACUCCCCAGGUUCCCAGCUUUACAUACCCAAUACAAAAACAACGCCAGAUCAGCGCGACCCAGAUACUCCAUUGUCACAAUGAAUCAAGCUUUUCUCCUCAUUCUCACGACACUAACUGUUUCAGGCUUGAUCAACUUGGCAGUGGCUGAAGGUGGGUUUUGCUCUGCUGCUCCUUCAAUCAUCGACUCGGGUUCGGACACCAAUCAGCUGUAUUGGAAGGCCACCAAUCCCACACUCUCUCCUUCUCAUCUUCAAGACCUGCCAGGUUUCACACGAAGUGUCUACAAAAGAGACCAUGCUUUAAUUACACCAGAAAGUCAUGUCUUUAGCCCUUUACCUGAGUGGACCCUGACAUCAGGAGCGUAUUUGAUCACACCUGCAAUGGGCUCUCACUUUGUAAUGUACCUAGCAAAGAUGCAAGAGAACUCGCAGUCUGGACUUCCCCCAAAUGAUGCAGAAAGGUUCAUAUUUGUGGUUCAGGGUGCUGUGACCUUAACUAAUACUUCUGGUAUUAGCCAGAAAUUAAUGGUGGACUCAUAUGCUUAUCUACCUCCUAAUUUUCACCAUUCCAUUAGGUGUGAUGCAUCUGCUACCCUUGUGGUUUUUGAAAGAAGGCGUUCCUCUCUGGAUAAUCUACAUACUGAGCAGAUUGUUGGUUCAACAGACCAGCAGCCACUCCUGGAAACUCCAGGCGAGGUCUUUCAACUAAGGAAGCUUAUUCCAACUUCUGUAUCAUAUGACUUCAACAUCCAUAUUAUGGAUUUCCAGCCUGGGGAAUAUCUUAAUGUGAAGGAGGUGCAUUACAAUCAGCAUGGUUUAUUGCUUCUGGAGGGACAGGGCAUUUAUCGGUUAGGUGAUAGCUGGUACCCUGUUCAGGCAGGAGAUGUCAUUUGGAUGGCGCCAUUUGUGCCACAGUGGUAUGCUGCAUUGGGUAAAACUCGGUCACGAUAUUUGCUGUACAAAGAUGUAAAUAGGAAUCCAUUGUAGUCGUGUGUCAUGAGGAUGUUUUCGGUUCCAUGUUUCUGGAGACAGAUUGAUGUAUCAUAAAUCAUAAGCCAAAUUGCUGCCUUCCAUUACCUGUUAAGUGUCAACACUGAAGAGUACAUUGUACAUUAAUCAUAGCAGUAAUUAUAUUCUUCUAGUC